CACCACCAUUUUGUAAGGAACUGUAGCUUCUUUCUGAAACUGCCGGGAAAGGGAAAAUCUUUUUAAAAUAUCCAUCACACAACUAACAGGGUCCCCAGGGUUCAGGCGGGGAGGUGAGGUCGAGUGAGAGGAACGGCUUAGCAGACGCGGGGAUGCUCCUCCCUUCUCACCCCUCCGAGCUAACGAGAAGGUCACUUUCUCUUUAAAUGCAAAUGAACUCACUCCAGCUUAGCUUUCACCCGGUGGUGUUCCCGGGAGGAGAGGGCGGAGGGCGGAGGGACCUUGCACCGAAGCAUCCUCGAGACCCCAAACCUCCAGGCCUGAGGCCCAGCCAGCGCCCAAUGGAUGACAAAAAGAAGAAACGGAGUCCCAAGCCCUGCCUGGCCCAGCCAGCCCAGGCCCCAGGCACACUACGCAGGGUCCCUGUGCCUACCAGCCACAGCGGCUCCUUGGCCCUAGGACUUCCUCAUCUGCCAUCCCCCAAGCAGCGGGCCAAGUUCAAGAGAGUAGGCAAGGAGAAGUGCCGCCCAGUCCUGGCUGGAGGUGGAAGCGGCUCUGCAGGCACGCCCCUGCAGCACUCCUUUCUGACUGAGGUGACCGAUGUCUAUGAGAUGGAGGGGGGACUCCUGAACCUGCUCAAUGAUUUCCACUCGGGCCGGCUGCAGGCCUUCGGGAAGGAAUGCUCCUUUGAGCAGCUGGAGCACGUUCGGGAGAUGCAGGAGAAGCUGGCCCGGCUGCACUUCAGCCUGGAUGUGUGUGGGGAGGAGGAGGACGAUGAAGAGGAAGAGGAUGGGGUCACUGAGGGGCUGCCAGAGGAGCAGAAGAAGACGACGGCUGACCGUAACCUGGACCAGCUGCUUAGCAAUCUGGAAGACCUAAGUAAUUCGAUGUAUCCUUUCCAAGGAACCCGUCUGUGUGUGUGUGUUCCUGAGAGGUCAGCUUCCUCCUCCCCAGCCCUCCAGGAGUAUUCACACAUAACCAACUUCCCAACCUCUUGCAGUCCUGUCAGAUUUAGCCACAGGCUGCCCGAACCCAGGUACAGGAAUUUAGAAUUUCCCCAAAAUUAGAAGAAAAGUGGUUGCAGGGGAUGUUUUACUACUGAUCAAAAUCUUUGUGAGUACUUUAGCUGAUAUCAGUCAUGGCAAAGCUUGUGAUGUCCUCCUAUCCUUUCAGCAUUUAACAAUUAUUUUUACUAAUUUACACUACCACCUCACCUGGUCCUCAGUCAGAACAGAGCGCGAGUGCAUGCGCGCACACCUGUGUGUCUGACCUGCACGAUCUGGAUGAAGAGAGGGGGUGAGAGAGGGCAGGCGGGGACUGCAACCUCAGUCCACAGACGGCCGAGACCCUCGUCCCCGGACCUUUGCACAGGUGAAGGAACUAAGCCUUUGCAGGAUGGGAGACCAGGGUGGGAGGAAGGACUGGUCCAAAGCGCCACGAUCCUUGACAGGCACAGCCAGAAGCUGCACCUGGCCGAGAACGCCGAGCCUGAGGAGCAGUCUGCUGCGUAGGUGUCCCACGCAGGCCCACACUGCCCCUCUCAUUCUCUUCAAACUGUGACAUUUUACGGACUCGGGCGGGUGUUCCGCGGCCCCCCAGGUGCUAUGGGGGAGGGGGGCGUUGGAUGGAAUUAAACCAGAAAGCAAGCAAG